AUGAGGAGGGUUAGGUUAGUGCUGAAAAGAGAACGAUGGAUGAGGAAGAAGACUCAGAGCGAUAUCGUAUUGGCGGGCCCCGGGGCUCUCCGGGAAAGACACCUGGGCAACCUCUGUGCAACACCGGGAUGCUCCGGGGGCAAGCUCCAACAACAGCACAACACGAGCUUCACCUUCUACCUCCACGUUCUCCUUCUCUUCUUCCCUUCUCUCCAAGCACAUAUCUCCAUAUCUACAUCCCACUACAUCAUCACCCUUCUCCUCCUCCAAUCGACACUCCCUCCCUCUUCACCUUCAAUUGGCAUCUACCGACAUCCUAACUCCUCCCACCAUACGGUCAUAAACCAUUCCCGCCCAAGGGAUAGCAAAAGGGUCCAAUCAUCCACAAUUCCCUGCUCCUACCACGCCCCGGUCGACCUUCGCAUCUUCACCACCAAGAUGUCCUCCCGAAAAGAAGAGAUCCUCGCAAAGCGAGCCAAACUCGAAGCUCUCAAACGGCAGCGUGAGCUACGGCGAGAUCACUUCUCAACCUCUAGGUCAGGUGAAACUGAGUUUGCCUCUCCACAAGCAAUCCGCGGCCCCGCCCGUCUUGACGACAGAAUAUCCGACAUAGACAGCCUAAUCCACGAAAUCAUCGGCGAAGGCAGACCAGGUUCCGCAGGCCCCUCCAGCAAAAAGAGUAUAAGUAGACCUACCUCUGUGCUGAGUGCCGCUGAAUCAAACGUCUCCGAACAUACUUCCGCCCAGUACGCUAUUCCCCACACCGAAUCCUCACAACAUACAGUAGCAACAAUAUCCCACCAAGUCCUCACCACCAUCGCCCCCCGUGUAAUCUACGACGCUCCCCCCGCCGCAACAAAAGAAAUAGUAACCUACAGCAAACAAGUCCAAACAACCGAAUCAUGGCUAUCAACAGGCGUAGGCACCGACGACAUUGAAGUCGACGCCGAAGGCGAACCCUCAAACCGUUCAAAACCCGAAGAAGAAGAACUAAAAGACCGCAUCCGCGAAUUAGAAGAAGAAAUCGCCGCUUUACAAUCAAGAGAAAUAGACCCCGCGGAUGCCACACAAGAUGGCGCCGACGGUACCGGCGCAUCCGCCAAAAAGGAAUAUAAAGUCCGAGAACUCGACGACGAUGAAAAACAAGUCAUCACCUCUACCGACGAAUUCGCUGAAUUCAUCGAACGUAGUACAAAAGUCAUGGAAAGAGCCUUAGACCAAGACUACGACAUCCUAGCGGACUACGGUCUCGGUCACUCAACCACAGACGAAGACUCAGGCGGCAGGAAAAUCAAAGAAACGAUUCAAUUCUACUCAGAUCGAUGGUCUAAAAAACGUAUAGUCAGCGAUAUCCACUUCUCACCCAAAUUCCCAGAAUUAGUAUUAGCAUCAUACACCAAAAACCCAUCGGCACCACACGACCCCAACGGAUUAGUACAAGUCUGGAACCUCCACCUCCACGACCGACCAGAAUACAUCUUCCACGCUCAAUCCGACGUCCUAACCGCUCGGUUCAGUCCAUACCAUCCAAACCUCAUCAUCGGCGGUGCUUACUCCGGACAAGUCUUAAUCUGGGAUACCCGCGCAAAAUCACAAUCAGUACUUCGCAGUCCCCUAACGGGAUCCGGUCACUCCCACCCGGUCUACAGCGUCCAAGUAGUCGGAACACAAAACGCAAACAACAUUGUCAGUUGUUCUACAGACGGAUUGGUAUGCGGAUGGUCGAUGGAUAUGCUAGCAAACCCCCUGGAAGUAUUAGAACUUACGUCUCCAAGUCCCGGUCGAAACGACGAUUUAGCUCCAACGUGUAUGGCAUUCCCUUAUUCGGAUCCUACAUACUUCCUCGUAGGAACCGAAGAAGGUGGGAUAUACCCAUGCCACCGAUACGACCGAGCAGGAGCAAAAGCCGGUGUAGAACCUCGAAUCUCAUAUCGAGGUCACGCGGGACCCAUAAUGGCAAUCGACUUUCAUCCAGUAAAGGGUCCAGUAGACUUUGGAGAUUUGGUAUUAUCGGCAAGUCUGGAUUGGUCUGUAAAACUAUGGAAGGCUAGACCACCUGCUGCGACAGCUACGGCGGUAGUCCCGGGUGCUCAACCGUUAGUAGCAACCCCAUUGAUGGACUUUGCGAGAGAAGAUGUAGUUUAUGAUGCAAAAUGGUCUCCUGUGAAACCCGGUGUAUUUGGGUUGGUAGAUGGAGCGGGUAGUCUGGAGGUAUGGGAUUUAACGGUUGAUAUCGAAGUACCCGUGGCGAAGGUUUCACCUACUGUUAGAGCCGGAGCGACGAGUUUGUUAACAAGGAGUUUGAAUAAAUUGGCAUGGGAGGAGACCGACGGGAGAAGGAUCGCAGUCGGUGGGUUGGAUUCUACGGUUACGAUAUUCGAGGUUGGAAAUGAAUUAGGAGGGUUAGAAGGGGUUAGAGGGGAUGAAUGGGGUAGUAUGAAGAAAUUGAUUGGGAAGGCCGAGAGUGGCGGUGGGGUUUUUGGAAGUGGAGGGGUUGUUAAUGCUGCGUGA